ACUCUCCCUGUUUACUUAAGAAGCUCCCGGACUCGACCAAGUUGAUCUUUAUUCUAACGGAGCCAUCUCGAGUCGUUAGCGGAUAUUUGCAUAGAUAUGCCGAACACUGCGGAUUAACAGCAGUAAAGACAAUAGCAUCGUCUCGAACGCUGGCUCACUCGUGCCAGGGUGGGUUCCGAGUCAGCUAGGAAGCGCUCAGCAGCUGAGAAAUCGAAACUCGCUGGUUCCGGAAUGGCGAAGCUCUGCGUUGCACUGGGACUGUGCGCCGCGGCGGCCUUCUUUUCACUUUCCCAAUUUGCAACACGGCGAGGCAGGCAGGGUGAUGACAUCAAAGCCUUGUGUACAUGGCUAACCAGUUCUUCCGUGCCAGAGAGAGUAAGGCAGUGGGCACUGACGUCACCACUCCUAGAUUGCGCUGCUCUGUUGUCGCAGCAACAAGUGGUGCCGUCAGCGCCAUCCGUUGCUACGUCGACAGAAGAAGACGUAUACAAGAUGGUAUUCCCAGCAACGACGGAAUUUUCUACAGAUUCGCUGCCCUUAAGUUAUGAAGAAUUUACGUCUACAAGACUCCAAGAAGAACGGGUAGAGGAAACGACUACAAUGCUCAGUUAUACAACAGUCAUGGCGCUUGAAAAUGAACAGACUACAGAUGCGGAGGCGUCAACGCAGUUGUUCGCCGACUCCUCGACUUCACACAACGAUGCUUUGACAUCCGCUCAUACAAUCCACGUUUCAUCGCAGAUAGAAGAGUAUCAGACGGGGUGGAGUGGGAAAGCUACACAUCCAGAAGCUGAAUUAACUGCUGAGCGAAAAGAUGACACACAAGAAUCUUUGGCUGAAGAUUAUGCGAUUGUAAAUCAAGAUCCUCGGACAACGGCUGACCCUACUGUCGCCGACAAAAAUGCGAAGUUCGAACGAGAAAGACUGACGCCUAAACCAGCGAUCACAGCAGACAAUAAUCAAGGUAGACAGGCAGCACUGCCAACAGUACUUCCACUCCAGUCUUCAAAUGGUGCACAUCGAGAGAUAACGACAUUUUCAAACUUAGCUAUCGCACCUCAGCAGAAAGAAAACACGAAUGACAUGGCUACCACAGAGUUUGAAGUUAAUCCGCAAACAGAUGAUCAAUUCAACACAUUUUUUUCUGUAGGUGGGACGACAGGAGAUGACCAUGCGACGAAUGAGUUUAUUGCUACAGAGAUAUCAUACGCGAAUAUUGAACAGAAAGAAACACAAAGUACCAUACACCCUGGUCUGCUCACUCAUAUGAGGCAAGGCGACGAACAACUGUUUUCAACACCGACAACACCACUCAAACCUGACAUGGAAGACAAGACCACCUCACUGCCAGUGGUACUUUUAUCAACUCUGAGUAAACACGAAGAAGACCCCUAUGUCAGCGUUUCAAUGUCUGACAAACCAUCGCAGCCUUCUACAGAGCUCCCUGGGGCCUCUAAACCAAGUCUUGAGGCAGUGGUCGAAGACGAAACAACAACAGCGCCGCUGCAGCCUAAUGCAGUGACAGUGGAACCAGACAAAAAUACCGCGACUCCCGAUUCUGUGUCAAGCCAUCUUGCUCAACAGCUUGAAUCCGACAUCACCGUGCCCUACGAUUUUGUCCAGCAUCACGACGAGAGAGACACGAGUGAAACAACAUCGAAUCUCCCCUUUUAUACAUCGCCGGUCCCGAUCACAAUAAUGUCAACAGUGUCUGAUAUUGUCACUAUAUCAGAAGAUCAUACUUCUACGACCCUACCACUGCCCGAGUCACCCAGCUAUUCGAAUGAUAAGUACAAUGCGGAUCCAACAGCUCUUGAUACGCCAGCUCCAGCUGUUGAAACAGUGGAGAAUACGACAACUGAGAAGCUUACCACUGAAUCUCAAGAAGAGACGUCACACGCGUCGCUAUCACUGCUCGAACAUUCUAGCUCGUUUAAGCAGCUAGGUGACACGACAGCAGUUAUUGCGUCCUCUCUAGCAAAUGUCGAAAAGGCAACAACUACGGAGCCCACACCCGAGGAGCCCGAAGGACCGAAGAUGGUCUGCUACUUCCCCGCGUGGUCUUUCUUCCGGCAAGGCCGCGGUCAUUACACUCCAGAGGACAUUGACCCCCACCUGUGUACACACAUAAUCUACGGAUCCACGUCCUUGGACAACGACUCACUUCAUCUCGCCAGCGCUGACUACAUUGCAGACGGGAAGUUACACUUACUGAAUAGGACGCUAGCUCUGAAGGCCAUAAACCGUCGGCUGAAAGUGCUGCUCUCUCUGGGAGGCUGGAAGCACGGCCCCGACGAGGACUACAAGUGUUCCAGGUUCGCCUCCAAUGCCACUGCCAGGCGCAGGUUCGUCCACCACGCGGCGACUUUCGUGGCCGAGCACCGCUUCGAUGGCCUCAACGUUGACUGGGCAAGCUUCGGCGGCGACGAAUGCGACGACGUGUCAGACAAGAGGAACUUCGUAUUGCUUCUGCAGGGUAUCCGGGAGGCGCUCGAUGCUUACGACCCCCAUCUGUUGUUGACGGCUGCCAUUGCCGGAAACGUGGAUGUCAUCAGAAAAGCUUACGAUGUGGCCGAAAUGUUCAACCAGACGGAUUUCACCAGUGUCAUGGCCUACGACUACUUUGGCUCUGAGAGCCCCGUGGUCGCUCACUACUCGCCCCUCCAAAGUGCUACGGGCGAGACCAAUCCAGAGAUGAGCAUCGAGUACGUGCUGAACACCUUGAUAGCAAUGGGAGCACCCUUAGCGAAGCUGGUGCUGGGCGUUCCGUUCUACGCCCGGUCGUACACACUGGCCAACCCUCGUCUGAAUUACAUCGGGGCACCCGCCAAAGGAAAAGGCGAGGCCGGUCCGGUCACGGCUACUGCUGGCGUGCUUGCCUAUUACGAGAUAUGCAGCGCCAUCAAGGCUGGCGGCUGGACGACAAUGAUGGACCCGAGGGCCGGUGUGUACGCCUACUCGGGCGACCAGUGGGUGUGCUUCGACGGACCCCGGUCGCUGAUGCGCAAGGCGCGGUUCGCCCUUAAAAUGGGGCUCGCUGGACUUAUGGCCUCGGAUGUGAGCAUGGACGACUUCAGGGGAGAGUGUGGUCGUAAGAGCCCCCUGCUCAACGCCAUCCACAGAGUGUUCCAUCCUCAAAAAACGGCGGCGGUUGCGAAGGGCUGACCAAAGUGCCAUGGUACCCCUCUACUAGAUAUGGGCAAGGGUGUGACCUGAUUGACGCGCGAGCCAGCAAAUGCAGCUGUUCUGCGCCAAAUCUGACGGUAUACCUCGUCCAAUUCUCUGCGCGCAUGUUGCAAACGGCACUUGGCAUACUUGAGUCGUAUUCCGAUCCGACCGCGUCGACGUGCUGCCCAUAAGCGUUCAUUCGCGUUAAUCUGGUAACGUGCUACAGCCACCAGAAACAAACUGUGUCACUUAUAAAUUAUGUUGUCGCGCACUCCACCACUCCCUUGUUGUUGUUUUUCUUAUCAGCAUUCAUGGAUGCUUUUUUACAUCGUACAUCUUUUUGACAUCGUGCCCAGACAGUUUUGCAUGGUAGAGCAGAAAGUGCAGGCGGUUUCAGCUUGGCUUUAAAGGGCCCCUAAACCACCCAUAAGUCGAAAUUUAGUUGUGGUGUUGCAGUUGUGCGCGAGUCUUCAACAAACACGUAACCGCGAGAUUUUUUCGAAACGGUGCCGUAAUAGCAGAGUUACACGCGUUUGAUGAUCCAAGAGCGGCCCUCGCUCCCUUCGCUGCGAUUCGUUCGUCGGCUCGUCUCUCCUCCUAGCAAGGUUCUUCUUGUGGAUGACAUUACCAGACGCGAAUAGUAACGUCACGGCCAACGCUGGGGAUUUCGAAAGGCCCGGAGAAGACGAUGGAUUGUUUCUUGGAAUUUGUGGCGCGCCAGUGGCUCGUGGCGCUGCCGCGUUUGGCAUUGUUGGUCGUAACGGCAUUCUGAAGUCGAUGCGAGCGUUUACAUGAAAUGGUAAAAAGAACGGAGAUGGUUUAGGGGCCCUUCAAACUAGUCGAUUAUGUUCUUGGUAUACUGGGAAACUCGCGAUAGUGGCUGUAGUUUGAGCGAAAGAUCAUGUUUAUAUCGCUGACACCUUUGGAAGCUGGCAGACGACCAAAACGUGCGUGUAAUAUUUCGAGCUAGCAAAUAAAGUUGUCUUGCCGCAUCAGUCCUUGAUAGAGGGAUCGGAACCACUGUGGUUCCUUCAUGCAUGGGCUGAGC